GAGAAUGCGUUAGAAUGUUGUCUUCCUCUGGAACCCCUUUCAGUGUCCGCGAUAUUCUUAGCGAGGAUCAGCAAUUAGGAAUCAUGGAUUGCUAUCCUUCCGUGCACCAUCAGCACCAGCUCCAACAGCAACACGUGCCGCAAGAGUAUUACGGUUACAAUGCAAUCGUGCAGGAGAACAAUUGGGACGUGGAAAAGUUCAAGGAACAAAGCUCGAUGCCGACAUACGCUCAUUAUCCGGACUUGAGCCACGGAAUUCAUCAGUUGAAUUCGAUCGCUCCUCCGUAUCAAGAUCCACCGGUUACGGAAGAUGGUAACGUGGUUACGUCAAGCAAAACGGAGUUACGGAAGAGUCAGUCCGGCAAGAGAACAAAACGGAAGCCUAGGGUGCUCUUUUCUCAAAAUCAGGUAUACGAGUUGGAGCAGCGAUUCAAGCAGCAACGAUACUUAAGCGCCCCUGAGAGAGAGCUACUCGCCCAGACCCUGAAACUGACCAGCACCCAGGUGAAGAUCUGGUUCCAGAAUCGGCGAUACAAGAACAAACGCGCUAGGUUGGAGGGCGUGGAGAGUCUGCAAGCGCAAAACAUGAAGAGCCAAUCUCUGAAGAAGAUCCACGUGCCAGUAUUGAUCAAGGACGGGAAGCCAAACCUUCCCCAAGAUACCUACAACCCCUCUUACUGGUCCAACAUCAGGCCGGAUCUCGGCGUGACGACGAUGCAACCGGAUUACAGAACGAUGAACGAGAUUCGCCUGAGCCCGGAAUUCAGGACGUCGAACGGCGAAAUGAGGAUGGACACGAGCAUCAGCCCCCAGUUCAAGACGGAAAUAAGCUCGGAACUGGGCGGGAAAUCGAGUUUGAACGGGGAGGUUCAAGCUCAGGCUAGGCAGCAUGUCCUCGCUGUGUCCGAUUUCAGGAAUAAUUUGGAUCCUCGAGCAGGUGUGCACGAUUGCCACAGGCAGAUCAAGGGAAACCAAGUGAGUGGCGACGAAACCAACCACGUUGCCACGUUUCCAGAGGUGAAGAACAUCAGCACGGACAGUAAGGUUAUGGUGAGCGACGGAAGACCGGUGAUGGACGUGACCAGUAGCGAUUACAGCUUCCCGAAUUAUUUGGGCCCGGCCAAUUAUCAGAUGCAGUACGUUAAUUACAUGGAACAGGUGCCCAUGGACCAAAAUCUGCAACGAUUGUGGUAGGGGAUGGAAUCGUUUUUAGUAGUUUCGUAGUUGAAACUCUCGUGU